UCUAUCUCUCUCUCUGCCCUUCAGAAUUCCCUUUCAAUUACAAAUUUCCCUGCACUUCAAUUCUUUCAUAUUCCUCUCUAUCCCCGGAAUUCAAACUAUUACUGCUGAUUUAGAAUCCCAAAAGAGGAGUUUAAUUAUCUCCAGGAUUUAAAAUCUUUUUCUUCUGCUGCUUCCCCCUGAUUACGAUUAGGGUUAGGGUUAGGGUUUUUUGUAUCUAUUUAAUUAGUAAGGCAUAAGAAGAUGUAUGCUGAUCGAGUGGAGGCUGAAUCCAAAAGGUCAAUAAAGGACCGACUCAAUGGGGCCUCCAUUGGUGAUACUCGGCGGCGACAGCUCACCGGCAAGAGGCAGAGGCAAGAUGACAAGUGGGAACAUGAUCUUUAUAACGAUGAUGGACCCCAAAUGUCAAGCCACAAUGUUGGGGCUCGAGAUCUCCGUUUGAAGCUCCAAAAGAAGACUCUCCACCAAGCAUCUCAAAGUGGUUCUCUUUCAGGGGUUAGGGAUCUACGUGAAAAGUUGUCUGGCCUGAUUAAUACACAGCCAAUGAACAUUGAACCCUCAAAGCCAAAACUGGAAGCUCUUAGACCGGCCAGGAAAAGUAUAGUUGUUGAGGCUGCAACUGAUGUCAAAAAGGCCACGAAUUCUGCUCCUAGGAAAAAAGCUUCACAAAAGGCUGGGACAUCAGUGGAUGAAUUUCUGGACUCUUUGGGCCUCGACAAGUAUACUAUUACUUUUCAAGCAGAGGAAGUUGAUAUGACUGCCCUAAUACACAUGACUGAUGACGACCUCAAGGCUUUAGGAAUACCAAUGGGUCCAAGAAAGAAGAUACUUUUAGCGUUGGAAUCAAGAGCCUGAAAUGUGGGAGGAGAGCAGCUUAUUUGCCGGAUAUAUGCCCUGUAUUAUGAUAUUCCUAUGGCACUUGCAUGUUAGCAGGCCUGUGUUUUGGCUGCCAAGGGCUUGACAUCUUCUCUUAUUUUUCUCUUUCCCCUUUGUUUUUUCCCCGUUUAACUGAUUGUAUUGCUUAUAGUGGCUUCACCAAGCUCAUUUUGAUAUUAAGCUGAUGUGAAAUUAUUAGCUUGCAAGGGAGGUAGGAGUUUUAACGUAAUUAAUUUGUUGGUUUCUUUUAUGAA